AUGGCGUGUUCCACGUCGUCCGUCACCAUGGAAGCUUCUGCGGAGGGAUUCUCUUCCUCCGCGGCCACACCCGCGGAGGAUACUGCUCUCCUGCGAGAUCGCCGUCGGAGGCACUCAUACCAUGCUCCGCGUAAAUUAUCCUGCGACUACCAAGAUUCCGACACGGUGUUCAUUCGGGUGGAGCUUUUCCUGGCCGAACUCGAGCGCCGCAUGUCAUGGAUUGAGCAAUACCGCAAGUCUCACAUGGAUCACAUCGACACCAGUCUCCACCGAGGAUAUUCGACUUUGGAAGCCGUCCGUGAUCAGUGCUCCCUUGCGUCCGGUGAACUGAUGGGCAGCGGCAAGAAACGGGCUAAGAUCCUCGUGGAGGCCCUGGAGGAUCGGUACAUGGAGGCUCUGGCAACAAAGGAGACCUUAGAACAGAAGGCGCAGGCGGGAGUGAGACUGAUGGAGUCUUUCCUUACCGAGCUCGAGGCGCGAGUCCACGCUGUUCACGACCGAGGCAUCUACGGCACUCUCGACGAUGGGUGGAAAGCCAUGGACACAAAGUUGGGUCACGCCCGAGAAAUUGUGGACGAAGGAAUGGAACGGGCACGCCGAGCUCGUGACGCUUUACGGGAAAGCAUCGAGAAGGCGGUUCGUCUCGCUCAGGAAGACCGCUUGAUCACAUAUGCCGACUUGCCAGACCCCUGGAGGGUCAACCCGCACAUUCUGAAAGGCUAUCGCUUCACCGAGUCCAAGGUGGAAUGCGUCCACUCUGUUUUCUCCUUCUCGAAUGAGUUCGUCAACAUUUGGUCUCAUCUCAUCGGUUUGAUUCUGGUUCUCUCCAUCGCGUUCUACUUCUACCCGCUUCAUACCAAUUUUCACUCGAGUUCCAAAGCCGACAUUAUGAUCGCCGCAGUCUUUUUCUUCGCCGCCUGCAAGUGUCUGGUCUGCAGCACCAUCUGGCACACGAUGAACAGCAUUGCCUCGCAAUCGCUGAUGGAGCGGUUCGCCUGCGUUGAUUACACCGGAAUCUCUUUGUUGGUGGCCGCGUCGAUCGUGUCCACCGAAUACACGGCUUUCUACUGCGAACCAACGUCUCGCUGGACCUAUAUUCUGCUGACUAUGUGUCUGGGCAUUGGCGGCAUCAUCCUCCCAUGGCAUCCCACCUUCAAUCGCCAUGACAUGGCUUGGGCCCGCGUCGCCUUUUAUGUCACCCUUGCUCUUACCGGCUUCGCCCCUCUCGCCCAACUCUCCUACACGCGUGGAUUCGAGUGGUGCAUGUAUUUCUAUGCUCCGGUUGUGAAGAGCGUCAUGGUCUACUUCGUAGGUGCCCUUGUGUACGCGUCGAAGGUGCCCGAGCGUUGGAAGCCGGGUCUUUUCGACUAUUUCGGUGGAAGUCACAACAUUUGGCAUCUAGCUGUCCUGGGUGGCAUUCUGUUCCACUACUGUGCCAUGCAGGAUCUCUUCUCCAAUGCGUUCCAGCGUGCCCAGGGCGAAUGUCCGAACCUGACGUCUUGA